UGUCUAUGUCAGUACUAGUACGUGAUUACAGAGAGAGGGCAAGAUUCAGAUUAUAUUUCGGUCGGCUGCAGGAAAUCUAUUGCUUUGCAAUGUCGUCGUCGUCAAGGGAGCUGUCUGAGGAACUAGUGUUGGAGAUUAUUUCCCGGACAGGGACAGCGCACGAUGUUGUAAGAUGCAGCUGCCUGCUGUCUAAACGUUGGCGGAAUAUAUGGCGAUCGAUCCCCGGCGGGGUCCUGGAUUUAGACAAGUCGGACAAGCUACUGCGUGGGCAGAACGAGCUGGUGUUCUGCAUCCAACCUGAAGAACAGCAACGAUUCGCGAAUCGGGUCGACCAAACCCUGACUUCCCUUCCUCAUCAAGACCUAGACGCCUUGAAAAUAGGGUUCCAACUGGCUAAAAGGGAAGAAGGAGUUUGCAGGUGGAUAGAAUUCGGGUUUACCAAGAGAGUCAAAGAAUUCACCCUAUUGUCCUUCCACUCUUCCUCCAUCAAUCGGCUCUCUUUCCCUUUUUUCACCCCUGAAUUCCUCUCCAAGCACGACCUCAGCCGCCUCGAGGUUUUGGAGAUCAAUGGCGUCUCGGAUGUCUCCCAACGAGCAGUCGAUCACAUCCUCACUAAUUGUCUCUCCCUGUGACAUUUCAUCUUGCCCAGAUGUUACUUCCAACCAACCCAUGUCGGAGAAUUAACAGGUUUAAGAGUCUGUUCUGGCAACAACCUCCAGUGUUUGGACAUCGGCGAACUUUGCGACGUUGCUAGGAUCGAGCUCAUCUCCGCCCCUCGUCUUCGUACCUUCAAGCUCAGAGGGUACAGUGGUUUGUGGGUCGAAUACCAGGAUGACCUUCCUCAACUUCAGAGACACUGUUCUCUUGUACAAGCUGCUGCUUUUUUCCAUGGUCUCGCUAUCGGUUCAGCAAGUUUAGACCUCGAUUACAGCGCCUUCAUAUAAAUGAAUGACGGGUCUCCACAUUUCUUGGAAAGCACCGUCCUCCUAAGGGCAGCUCCAAUUUUGCAUGAGUUAUCCAUAUGGUUCAAGGAUCCAUCUAAUGGGGCAAGCAGAUGGGAGAGGCUGCGAAACUGGGAUGCAGAGUACAUCCAAAUCUGAAGCGUGCAACUCUGGAUCGUAGUCAUCAACUUGAACUUGCUGCUUGCAUAAUCAUGCAUGCACCAUCCUUGAGCCAAGUCCUUAUCAAUACUCGUCAGCGAGACCAGCUCCUUGAUUCCAUUGCCAGAGUCGGGCUUUUCGAUCCCAUUGAUGCUCAUAUACGUGAAGCCAAAAUGGGGUUGGAAACACCUCUUCAAGGCUACUCUGGUACCAACCAUAUAAAUUCCACUUAUCGAUGACAGUAGUUGUACAAAAUAUGAACAAAGUUGGCUUUUCAUC